CUAAUCUGUUGGCAGACUUCUUCAAGGAUUCUUCAUCGCCUCCACAACUUCGACCUCAAUUUCUCCAGGCCUAAAAAGCUGAGAUCUUCAUGGUGGGAUUCAAAAAUAGGUACAUGGUGAUGGAAGUGUUUGUGGAUCCAAAUAAAAAUAUUUCAAAAGAUGAUCCAAUCAUUCUUAGCCAACAUAAUGUAUCAAAAGCAAUCAAAGAUAGCAUUCUCAUCAACUUUGGCGAGUGUGGUCUUGCCUCAUCACUAGGAUCAUUUCAAGUCAAAUAUCUGAAUCACGUCACGAAGAUCUGCAUUAUUAGAGCUUCAAGGGAUGAGCAUCAAAAAGUUUGGGCUGCAAUCACUAUGGUCAGGAGCAUAGGAAAUUGCCCUGUGGUUUUCAACUUAUUAGAUCUGAGUGGAAAUAUCAAGGCGUGUAAAUCUGCAGCCUUAAAGUGUGAAGAUUUGAAAUUUGAGCAUUUGAAGCUUGUAUCUGGGGCUCCCCGAACAGAGGACGCGAACAAGCAUUUGCAGAAUCUUGAGCGGAUCAAAAUGUUAGAGCACUGAUAUACGUUGCUUCAUUAAGUUCCCGGACAGUUGUCACUUUUAUUUGUUGAAGAAAAUCAUGAGGCCGUCGUGAUCGGGUCUUUGCUCGGGAUCCUUAGAUUUUUACAAUGGCUUGUCCCCGGUUUGAGCUACUGAGUCAUGGAUCAACACGGUGUUGUUUUUGUUUUUUGCAGAUGGGUCGAAGGUAUUUAGGUGGGAUUUAUUGGUUUUUUUCCCCUACUUUACUUUUUGAGUUUUAUCUUUAUUUCAAGUCCGAUAUCUGUCUUUCAUGUAAAUGUGAAAUGUUAAACGAUGAAAGUGAAUUAGGACUCAUUUUAGUUUCAGAAUUAUGGAAAAAAAACUCUCGUCAAAUUCAAAA